UCGAGACGUGCGGGGUGCAAAAACACGGUUCACGCAAGCCUUUUUCCGUUUGAGAACGCACGGCCGGAAGCAGCUACAGUAUUGUCAGGCGGGACGAUCCGUUAGGCAGCGGGAGAGACCCUUCUCAUCCGAGUCUACCCUCCCGCUUUCAUUUGACGCUUCAGACUUUCCUUUUCAUCCUCCCUCUUCGUACUUCAACCAUGGAUUCUUCGGAUAGCAAACGCCGCCAAUCUCUGAUCCCGAACUUCCUCUUCUCCUCUUCUGCGUCUGAGAAAACUCUUUCUCUGCGGAAGAUGCUCAACUCCUCCUUCAUCCGUGACUCUUCUUCGAAUCUUGAAACAGAAUCCUUGAGCAAGAGCUUCAUGAUUGCGGCUCCAAGUGAACUUGGCAAGAUUGAACUGUACUCACCAACCUACUUUGCCGCUUGUACCGCUGGUGGAAUCCUUAGUUGUGGACUCACUCACAUGGCAGUCACUCCUCUUGACUUAGUCAAAUGUAAUAUGCAGAUUGACCCUACAAAGUACAGGAGUAUCUCAUCAGGAUUUGGAGUUUUGCUCAAGGAGCAGGGAUUAAGGGGCUUUUUCAGGGGCUGGGUGCCGACCUUGCUUGGUUACAGUGCUCAGGGUGCCUGCAAAUUUGGAUUCUAUGAGUUCUUCAAAAAAUACUAUUCUGAUAUUGCUGGCCAAGAGUAUGCCACCAAAUACAAGACCUUGAUCUACCUUGCUGGUUCAGCAUCUGCUGAGCUUAUUGCAGAUGUUGCACUUUGCCCCUUUGAGGCAGUAAAGGUUCGGGUUCAAACUCAGCCUGGUUUUGGUAGAGGUCUUGCAGACGGGCUCCCAAAGUUUGUGAAAUCUGAAGGAACUUUAGGGCUGUACAAAGGCAUACUUCCUCUUUGGGGACGUCAGAUUCCAUAUACCAUGAUGAAGUUUGCUUCUUUUGAGACCGUCGUUGAGAUUAUAUACAAAUCCGUCAUUCCCAAACCAAAGAAUGAAUGCAGCAAAUGUCUGCAACUUGGUGUGAGUUUUGCUGGGGGAUAUGUAGCUGGUGUGUUGUGUGCAAUAGUGUCCCAUCCUGCUGACAACCUCGUCUCCUUCUUGAACAAUGCGAAAGGGGCAACUGUUGGUGAUGCUGUGAGGCAGCUUGGUUGGUGGGGCCUCUUUACUCGCGGCCUCCCUCUCCGUAUUUUUAUGAUUGGAACUCUCACUGGAGCUCAGUGGGGAAUAUACGAUGCAUUUAAAGUCUCCGUGGGGCUGCCAACCACUGGCGGUGUUGCUCCCGCUGCUGCCCCUGCUUCUCCUCCUGCUGAGCUUUCGUAGGGGCAGUGUCCAAAACAUAUGAGCCAAGUUUUCUACAAGGAAGUUUUGAAAUCCAGAUGGGCAUUAGGAACCGUUAAUAGACAGGCAUGCAAAAGCUGCGAGAGUCCACUCAAGCUCGGGCGGAUGACAUUCUUUUCAAUAUUUGGACCCUGAUAAGGAUGGUGUUGCUCUCUAUGUCAGGAUCACUACAUCUCCAGGUCAAAUAGGAAUGCAAAUUUUUCUUUUUGAUACAAUAGUAAUACAUAUUUCAUAUUUGCAU